GUUCCCUCCUCAAUUAAUACUCUACUUAGACGUUCCCAUGUCAUUGAUCUGCCAAUUUCCACCUCUUAACUUACUUAAAAAUCUAUUCACUAUAUUAGUAAAAAAAUCACCUAUAUCUCAAUAUUGAAAAGGGCGUAUCGUUUGGAAACUAUAUCGAUAUGUACAUCGAUUCGCAUUUGUCGUAUCGAUGAGGAUCUUGCAACCGAUAUCGACCAGAAUCAGAAGCAAAAUGACAUUCCAUUAACCAAACCAAAAUAACAAACGGAACAUACCGCGUAGACGGACACGUCAGUCAACUAUACUGGAAUUAAACAUAUUUCCCUUUUUCAUUAAAAUUUCAAAAAUAUUAGCCUAAAUUUAAGCCGGAAAAGCAAUGGAUUUCUUCAAAAGUAUUCCAUUCCAUAUGGAUUUUGAGGGCCAACACAAGGCCGAAAGACUCUCAAGAAUCAUAAUUACCCUUCACGGAAUUGUGGGUCUCAUUUGGGGCUACGCCAUUCAGCAGUUUUCCCAGACUGUUUACAUUUUGGCUUCAGGAUUUCUAUUGGCUAGCAUUCUUACUAUUCCACCAUGGCCCAUGUACAGAAAGAACGCAUUAAAUUGGCAACCAGCUAGAGAAGGUGAUACAGCAGUUACUUCCAAAUCAAAAAAGAAGAAAUAAUUAGAGCUUAGUUUUUGUUGUUAAAUUAUUUUUUUGUGAUGUUUGAAAAACUAAUUCUGUAAUUGAUCGAAAAUAAAAUAACCACAUUCCAUACAUUAUAAAACUAAUUUAUUUUCUAACAUUACUCUUAUAAAUACGUUGUAGAGCAUCUAAAGCAGCCAUAUCUUUGGCUAUUUGUAUAUUUUCACCCCAACCUAAACCAAGACAGGAUUUAUCUUUGCCAUUAUACAGCCCCACUUGGUAAUUAGCUAAAAUAGUAUUGACUGCACUUUUAUUGCAUAAUCUGGGUUCAACUUCUUGUACUCCUUGACCUUGUAAAAUGUUUAAUAAAUAGUCGUAAGGUUUCUCAGGGGUCCAUACGUCAGAAAUAUCUUUGUCAACCAUUUGGCAAAUAACAAAAUCGUUUAUAAAAAGCUUUACUCUGGAUUCAUCUACCGAUUUUGAUAAAGCAGCAACGAUUGCUUUGAAAGUGUCUGCUGUAGUUUUGGUUUCUGGAGGAAAUUCC